AUGCCCUCUAGAUCAGAUAUUACUUAUUUUGGUGCAGGCCCAGCUCUGCUACCUACUGUCGUCCUCGAGGAAGGUGCCAAAGCUCUCCUGAACUAUCAUGAUACCGGCCUGGGCAUCGCCGAGCACUCUCAUCGCUCCCAGCUAGCUAGCGAUAUAAUUAAUCAGACUAAAGCCGAUCUGGCCUCUUGUCUUGAUAUCCCAGAUAGCUACGAGAUACUCUUUAUGCAAGGUGGCGGCACAGGAGAGUUUGCUGCUACGGUGUAUAACUUUGUUGGCACUUGGGUUGCCCGCAAGUUGCAAGACAUCAUUAGGGAUAAUGACCGCAAGACGAACGGCGGCAAGUUUGGCACCAUUCCAGAAGAGAGCACCUGGAAGCUGUCCAAGGAUCCCGCCCUGGUGUAUUUUUGUGCAAAUGAGACAGUUGAUGGGGUUGAAUUUCCUGACUUCCCCCAGUCUCUUCAGCCGGGGCCUGAUGGAAAGGGACCAAUCGUUAUCGCGGAUAUGAGUUCGAACAUCCUCACAAAAAAGAUUCCAAUCAACAACUUCUCCGCCAUCUUCUUUGGCGCCCAAAAGAACCUCGGCCUAACCGGCAUCACUGUUGUGGUUAUCAAGAAGAGCUUUUUACCGCCUGCUACAUCUCAACCUCCUGCAAGUCUUAUGAGACAACUAGGCCUUCCUAUUCCACCUACCAUUUUCCAAUACGAGACUAUUGCAAAGAACAACAGUCUCUAUAAUACGUUAAGUAUCUUCGACGUAUACAUCAUCGGCCAAGUUCUUGGAAAGUUCUUGCAAACAUACCCCGACAAGGUUGAAGGACAACAAGCUGUGUCUGACAAGAAGGCCCAACUUAUCUACGAUGCUAUUGAAGCUUUCCCCGAGAUUUAUAAGAUCAUUCCCAACAAGGCAGUACGGUCGCGUAUCAAUAUUUGUUUCAGGGUUACCAAGGGUGAUGAUAUCGAUGCCGCAGAGAGAGUCUUUCUAGAGGAGGGUCUUGCCCAAGGACUGAUUGGGUUAAAGGGACAUCGUUCGCUUGGUGGAAUUCGCGCAAGCAACUACAACUCUGUUCCUCUUGAGGGCGCAGAGAAGCUUGCGAAAUUCAUCCGCGCUUUCGCGAUGUCAUAA